CUCAGUCUUGUUCUUUCUGCACCACUAUCAACUCCUUUCUUGAUUAUCAAAACCAUGUCCCAUCUGCCGUCGCUUUCGGGACCUAUAUUCAGGUUCAGCCGUGAGACCAACGCCGUCCGCGUUGAGCACAUCCCCCUCAACACCAAUCGUUUUGAGAUAUUAUCGCUGUUCAAGACGCUUGUGGGCGAGAUUCGUACCUCUCGGGAUCUCGAAGAGGGGAUCGAAAUCACGUUCUACACGGCGGAUGCGGCGCGCAAAGCACUGUGCAUGUCUGGGUACAGUGUAGCCGGAUUCCCAAUCCAAGUGACCUCUGUCGUGCGCUCCGCGUCUCCGCUUACAAAUGACGGUCAUUAUGGACGUCGCAACGACCAGCGUCGCAAUCUCUAUGUCUUGGGAAUCCCUUUCGGCAUGACGAACCAGUCACUCGCCUCGCUGUUCUCGGCGUAUGGCACUGUAGCGCACUGUGUCAUCCUUGCAACGCUCGAUGGAGCUUCACGUCGACGCGGAUUUGUUGUGAUGUCUACCCACGAAGAAGCUAAACAGGUCAUGGCUGCUCUAGGUCGUUCUAGCAGAAACGGUAUCAGUGGGAUGGACAUAUCUUGGGCUGUCGUGCAGCGCUCCAAAGGCUUCCUAGAUGGUGGUGAUCGUGCAGGAGUCAUAUCGUCCUCUUCGCUGGCUUCCUCUCCUGUUGUUGAAUCUUCCUCUAUCUUGCGCCCUUUCGAAAGUGAAGGCCUACCCAGUCCAAGUCCUGUCCCGACCACUUCGCUUCUCAUAUUCAAUCUACCCUCUCUAUUGUUUGGAUCCAAGGAAGACUUGCGUGGACUCGUCUGCCCUUUUGGUUCUAUCAAUGACCUUCGCCUCAUCACGUUAGGACCAUCAAUGCACAAUGAUGCCCAGUCGACUGCUGCUGUCGUACGGUACUGUAACAUCUCAGCUGCUCAGGAAUCUGUUCGUGCUCUGGAUGGGGAGUCAUAUGCCGGUUGCACUAUCCGUGCGAUCUAUCUUGUCGACAGUCAAGCUGAGCCGCCGUCGCUUCCCUCUUCUCCUCUCAUCGAGACACCGACACUGCCUGAUAUCUCAAGUUUCGGUUACGACGUUCCCCAUUGUAGUCAAGGCGGCCCUCCUUCAAUCAAAUCCACAUUCAGUGGGCGCAAUGUCCUGAAUCGGUACAACGCUAGCACCGAUUACAACCCUCUAUGUGCCAGCUCUUUUGAUGUUCCGACGAGCCAGUUCCCUGCUUAUGGGCUAGAUGGACUUUCCAUGGGAAGCGUCCCGUACCUGUUCUCGCAGGGUAUCGUGCAUCAUCACUACGACUAGUCUGCUUGCCUUGCUUUCUAUCAUCAACCUGCUUGCAUUUCUGCUCUUGGAUGGCUCCACCUGAUUCUGCUCUCAAUGGAACCCGAAGCGACAAAUUCUGCUUAUCUUCGGAAUGAGAGAGAUCGGCAAAAACUCCCACAUCGCUAUCAUGGAAUACGAACACUCAAACAAUUGUCCUGCUGCUUUGCCCUCUGUCGCGCUUGCGAAACCUUGUCAAUUCAACUCUGCGAUGUCUGUGCUACAAGUCGUUUUGUCUCCCGUCCGCUCUAGUCUCCGUGCGCUACUCUCAUUAACACACACAUAUUCGUAUCGUACCGUCUCAGUCUCGGGUGCGAUCACGUCACUUUCUCCUCUCGGUAAACAGUGAUACAAUCGCCCAGUCAGUGGAAGAGGGUUACGAGAUAGAUAUUGCAAUACCUUUAUAUUCAUCUCGUGGUC